AUGAACGGAAAAGAUCUAGAUACGGUGGAAAAGUUUUCAUAUCUUGGAGCCAUUGUGACAAAUGAAGGGGGAAUUGGUGACGUGAACAACAGACUUCCAAAAGCCAGAGCUACAUUCACCAAACUGAAGGGAAUAUGGAAGUCAAAUAUAAUUAACAGAAGAACGAAAAUAAAAUUAUACAAUGUGCUAGUUAAAUCUGCUCUCUUAUACGGAUGUGAAUCGUGGAAGAGGACGAAAGGAGAAGAAAAGGAAAUAGAUAUAUUUCAAAAUAAAUGCCUACGUUGGAUGCUAAAUAUUAAAUGGCAAGAGAGGGUGACAACUGAAGAUUUAUUGAAAAGAGCAGAUACGCAACCGAUAAGCAAAGAAAUUAGAUGUAGAAAAUGGAAAUGGCUGGGGCAUAUACUAAGAAAAGAUCAAGGAGAUGACUGCAACAUUGCAUUGACAUGGGCACCGGAAGGUAAGCGAAGACGAGGUAGACCAAACACAACAUGGAGACGAAUGGUAGAAAAAGAAAGAAAUAUGGGAGGAUGGACAUCAUGGGGAGUAGCUAGAGCGGCAGCGGCCAACAGGGACAGAUGGAGGCAUUCUGUUGAGGCCUUAUGCGUCACUUGA